AAGUUCGUUAAUGUCUUAACGUUACAGGAGAAAAACGGGAACUAGAUGUCAGGCAACACAAUUUAAUCUGAAACAGUGCCGUGAUUCCCAUUAAAAUCAAUACAACCCAUGCAAAAUCCAAGAUAGCGCGCUGACCGGAGCGCUGGUGGUCGGGAUGUGUAGUACCUUCAAUCAGUCUGACAGUCUAUUAUGAUAAUCUGCGACUUUAGAAUUUCCAAUCACUUCCAGUUUGUAGAUGUUGUUACUAUGACCAACAAAAACUUAAAAACAACGUUGCUUCGUUUAAAACUGUGAACACAACAUCUAAUACAAGCUACAUGUGGGUUUUUUUUUUGCUAUAUCAUGACAGAUGGAAGGACAGACUGAUGAAGAUAGUUAUAGUAUAGUUAAUAACAUUUUUAGUUAACCUAGCUAGCUAAAUGCCCGUGAAUACUGGACUUCAUCACAAGAGGUGGCCAAAAAUAACGAAUGGCCAUGCUGCUCUGCUGGAGUACUUUCUUUUUUUUUUGCUAGCCUGCUAGCCAUGAGAACUUGCGAACGCGCCGGUGAGGUGGGGGUUACUCCUCUCGCUGCCUCCGCUGCUCUUUGGCUGCGCUCCGGAGAGCAGCUGCAGCAGAGCGCCGGCAGAGAGGAGAGUCACGCAGUCUAAGGGAGAGACUGCGCUCAAGUUGGCGACGACACCGAUGCUGAGGAGGACUUUACUCGUGUUUCUUGAUCGGCAUCUUUUAAACAGUUCAUUUUUAAGAAUGGCUUUUUCCGUGUCAUCUCUCAGACCGAUGCUCUAACAGUGAAGUUAUUUGCUUAAAUACUGCGAGAAUGAACUUUAUUUAGAAGGUAUCCCUCCUGCAGGUAGCCUGAGGUCCAGUCCCACCAUUGUCAUCCAGCGGGAGUCUUUUUCUUGAGAUAGAGUUCAGUUUCACAACAGAUUAUAAUUCACCGCGCUCCGUUUUGCUCAAGGACGGAGGGACGAGGACAAUGGGUGCCGGUGGGGUUUCUGCCCAAGCCCUGCUGUGGCUCAACCUGUUCAGCUUGAUCUCUCUGGUGUCUCCCCUUAACCCGGAUGACCCCAACGUCUGCAGCCACUGGGAGAGCUAUGCAGUGACCGUGCAGGAGUCUUACGCUCAUCCAUUUGACCAGGUCUACUACACGCGCUGCACCGACAUCCUCAACUGGUUCAAAUGCACCAGACACAGGAUCAGCUACAAGACGGCGUACAGACGAGGCGUGAGGACCAUGUACAGGCGACGCUCUCAGUGCUGCCCAGGCUUCUAUGAAAGUGGAAACCUGUGUGUUCCGUUGUGUACUGAAGAGUGUGCCCACGGACGGUGUGUCUCUCCUGAUACCUGCCAAUGUGAGCCGGGCUGGGGAGGACUGGACUGCUCCAGUGGCUGUGAGAGUGACUUCUGGGGGCCCCACUGCAGUAACCGCUGUCAGUGCCGGAACGGGGCCAAAUGUAACCCGAUAACCGGAGCCUGCGUCUGCACCGACGGCUACCAGGGCUGGCGCUGCGAGGAGCCCUGCGACCCCAGCUUCUACGGCAAGGACUGCCUGCUGGAGUGCCAGUGCCUCAAUGGCGCCACAUGCCACCAUCAGACUGGCGAGUGCCUCUGUGCGCCCGGAUACACCGGGGCCUUCUGUGAGGAGCCUUGUCCUCCAGGUAAACACGGCUCCCUGUGCGAACAGCGCUGUCCCUGUCAGAACGGAGGAACGUGCCAUCACGUCACCGGGGAGUGCUCCUGUCCCGCCGGCUGGGUGGGUCCGGUCUGCGCACAGCCGUGUUCGUUCGGAUCAUUUGGCAUUAACUGCUCUCAGGAGUGCACAUGUCGCAACGGAGGCCUGUGUGACCACAUCAGCGGCCAGUGCCAGUGCACUGCCGGCUACAUCGGAGAGAGAUGCCAGGAUGAAUGCCCAGUUGGCACUUAUGGGCCGCAGUGUGCCCACAAGUGUGACUGUCAGAAUGGGGCCAAGUGCUACCACAUCAACGGCGCCUCUUGUAACGAGGGCUUUAAGGGCCCCAGCUGCCAGGACCGCUUCUGUCCCACUGGCUUGUACGGACUCAUCUGUGACAAAUACUGCCCCUGCAAAACUGCAAACACACUCAGCUGUCACCCUCUGUCAGGAGAAUGCACCUGUGCAGCAGGAUGGGCGGGGCUUUACUGUAACGAGACCUGUCCGGCAGGUUACUUCGGCGAGGGCUGCAGAGAGCUGUGCGCCUGUGCUAACGGAGCCGACUGUGACGGCACCACUGGAGCUUGUCUGUGUGCUCCAGGGUUCAUAGGUGACGACUGCUCUAUCAGCUGUCCUGCAGGCCUGUACGGGAUCAACUGCACCUCACCGUGCUCCUGCCACAACGAGAUCUCCUGCUCACACAUUGACGGCUACUGCAUCUGCAGAGAAGGUUGGCAGGGUGUGGACUGCUCCAUCCCUUGCUCCAGUGGUACUUGGGGACUAAGCUGCAAUCAGACGUGUCAAUGUGCCAACGGGGCGGCCUGCGAUCCCGUCAACGGAACCUGCACCUGCUCCUCGGGCUGGAGGGACGAAUACUGCGACGUACCGUGUCCUGAGGGAUCAUACGGGCUGGACUGCAGAGAGAGAUGUGACUGUGUCAAUGCUGAUGGCUGUGAUCCAGUGACCGGCUUCUGUCACUGUCUUGCAGGUUGGACAGGUGUCCAUUGUGAUAGUGUGUGUGAGGAGGGACGCUGGGGACCCAACUGCUCCUACAGCUGCACCUGUGAGAACGGAGGCUCCUGCUCCCCAGAGGACGGCACCUGUGUGUGCGCUCCCGGCUACCGCGGCACUAACUGCAGAAGAACAUGUUCGCCUGGUUUCUACGGCCAUCGUUGCAGCCAGUCGUGUCCUCAGUGUAUCCACAGUGAUGGGGCGUGUCACCACAUCACCGGCCAUUGUGAAUGUCUCUCUGGCUUCUUCGGCUCCCUCUGUAAUCAAGUGUGUCCCAGUGGAAAGUUUGGUAAAGCCUGUGCUGAGGCCUGUGUGUGCACCAACAACGGCACCUGUAAUCCCAUCGACGGCUCCUGUCAGUGCUACCCAGGAUGGAUCGGCGAGGACUGCUCCAAACCAUGUCCUCAGGGCUCGUGGGGCCCAGACUGCAUCCACACAUGUAACUGUCACAACGGAGCCCAGUGCAGCGCCACAGACGGAGAGUGUAACUGCAGCCCUGGAUGGACGGGACUCUACUGUACUCAGCGCUGUCCUACGGGUUUCUACGGCUCUCAGUGUGCUGAGGUGUGUCGCUGUCAGAACGGGGCAGACUGUGACCACAUCAGCGGACAGUGCUCCUGCAGGACGGGCUUCAUUGGACAGAGCUGUGAGCUCAAGUGUCCUGCGGGGACGUUUGGCUACGGCUGCCAGCAGCUGUGUGAGUGUAUGAACAACGCCACCUGUGACUACGUGACGGGAACCUGCUACUGCAGCAUCGGCUUCAAAGGCAUCCGCUGUGACCAGGCGGCUCUGAUGAUGGAGGAACUGAACCCCUACACCAAGAUCAGCCCGGCCCUGGCAUCAGAGCGGCAAUCAGCCGGUGCCGUCCUGGGCAUCAUCUUCCUGUUGCUGCUCAUCAUGGCCAUGCUCGGCCUGGUGGUCUGGUUCCGACUCCGGCAGAGAGAGAAAGGCCAUCAUGUGCCGAGCGUUACCUACACGCCGGCCCUGCACAUGAACUCCACCGACUACUCCCUCUCAGGGCUGCAGUGCACAGGCCUGCUCUCCUCUACAGAGUCCUCUCCCAGUAACAGCUCAGUAGGCCGCUGCUUCUCCAACCCCAGCUACCGCACCCUGGGGCCCUGCACCUACGCCGCGCACUACGCCAAGCCGGACAAGAGGAGCACCACCAAGGUGGGCAUGAAGACAAAGAAGCGACACAGGAACAGUGCACCGGAGUGGGGGGCCUACUGUAACCUCAGCGAGCUGGGUGUUUACUGCAUUGACCGGCGUUACAGCUACCACUUGGAGCCGCGCUACAGAGACUAUAUGAAGGGCUCCUUGUCCAGCACCUGCUCCCUCAACAGUGAAAACCCAUACGCCACCAUCAACGACCCGCCCGGUCUGUGUAAACACUCGGAGAGCAGCUACGUGGAGAUGAAAUCGCCGGCUCGCCAUGAACACGUGACACACUGCUGCUCCACCGCUAUCAUCACCACCACCACCACCACCGCACCCACCAAGAACGUCUACGACAUGGAACCAACCGUCAGUAUUGUACAGGGAGCCGGCAGCAUUGUGGUUCCCAGUUACCCUCAGAGCCCAUACGACCUGCCCAGGAACAGCCACAUCCCCAGCCACUACGACCUGCUACCUGUGCGCCCCAGUCCCUCCCACAGCCACAGCCUCACCCUGCACAGCCACAGCCCUCCGCUGCCCGGCAGCCCCACAAGCUCACUGCUCUAGACCCCAGCAGCCAGACUGGACACUGGACCAGUGCUCCCAGUUCAUCCAGAACCAGGAAACUGUGAACUGGGACAGAACAUGGAAAGAUUGGAAUGAUGGAAAGAUUGUAUGUGUGUGUGUGAGAAUGUUUAUCAUUUUAUCACUGUAUUAUAUUCAAACUGUUUGAGCUGUUUUUGUGCCAGUCAAUACUACAUAUUUGUGUUGUAUUGUAAAGUCCCCCUCAUCAACAAAAUGUCAAUCGAGGAAAUAUAAACGUCGUAUGCCCACAUGUGUCAGAAGACGGGAACUCGAGGACGAUAGGAAAAGAAAAGCAAAGUGACUGAGGUAUUCGUGUAAAUUUAUCUGGGUGAGACUGUCAAUGUGCGUGCCAAAGACGAGACUGAGGCCCACGUCACACCUGGAUUCAGAGGAUCUACCAAGCCUGCACAAUGAAGAAGCAUCACAUGGGCAUUAUUUCUUGCACUGCAAACAAACUUGUAUGGACAGCUCUGGAGAGAAUGUGCUCAUUACGCUGAUAAUCUCCCACAAAAAGGGAAGUAUGUGAAUAAAUGCACACAAACUGCAGUCUGGUCAGAUUUACACUACCUGUAUAGUUCUGGUAUUUUUACACAUUGUUUCUUAUUUCGUGUUUACAUAUUUGAAGAUCCUAAACGGGAUCCAUAUUUUGUCUCUAAAAAAGUGAUCUUUUUUCUAUGUACUGUAGGCAAAAUGGUGUAUUGGCUGUACAGUCACUGUACACUAGUGAUUAUUAUAGUGGUUUUCUUUUAUCGUGUCGAGCUUUAUGCAUGCCAAAGAUUAUUCGAGAUAUAAUAGUUAGCCAUGAAUACCCUUUUUUUGUCCUUUGGUGCGAACUGAUUAUUGUCAUCUGACUGUCUCAACAUGGGAAAAACUCCAAUCAGAAACAUGCUUUUUGGGAAUAUGUAACUAACAACUGUAUUCAUUAUUGAUUAAUCCUUCGAUUAGUUUUUCAAUUAAUCUAUUAAUCGUUUUGCCUAUAACAUGUCAUAAAAUAGUAAAAGUGUCCAUCACAAUUUCUGAAAACCCAAGAUGACAUCUUCAAAUAUCUUGUUCCGCCUGAUCGACUAAAACACCUAAGAUAUUCAGUUACUAUCACUUAAGGAAAAGAAAAUUGUCAUUGAAAAUUUGACUAAAUGAUUUAAAUGAUUAAUCGAUAGAUUACUGGUAAUGGACUUGUUGAGUUGUUUCAACUCUAAUGCACUGAAAUAUUUUAAUAGUUAAACUUUAAUUUACUUAAACUUCCACCUCAACACUAAUGUCAUUACAAAAUCAUAAGAUGUAUGUUCCCAAAUAACACAAUGAUGUGUUUCAGAUGUUCUUGUAUCAACUAUUUCUGACAUUAAAUAUGAAAUAGAGCAGUGAUGUAUAAAAUCCUGCUAAAUUUUUCAGUAACGUAGGUCAGUUUUGUAACAAAUGUUGAUAAUUAUACCUCGGCAAAUAGCAAUAACAGGACAUGUUGACAAUCAGAUGUAAACAGCUUUCUUUUCUCAUGUAUUAUUUCCUACUUUUGUUCCAUUUGCUGCUUAUAUGUCUUUUCUUCACCUUUGAUCCAAAUAAUAGUUUCAGCUACAGUAGAUGCAUCGAGUGCUGGUUGUUCUUUUUGUUUUGAGCCCUAAACUCAAUAAAGUUGUCAUAGCUCAGGGGA